CGACACUGGACACGAGUUUCUUGAAAAGGGCAAUAGACACAGUGGAGGUGGAAGUGGUGUGAAAGAGGAGGGACUUGAGACUUCAGUUUGCGUUUCCCUGUGGAAACUGCAGGGCGCUCGCGCUCGGUUCUGUCGGACUGACCGUUGAGCCACGGAACUGCCCGCGCGCUUCUCACGCGCGUAUCUAGUUUGCGCUGACAUAACCGUCACACGUUAAACUCCCACAACUUGUGCCCACCACCGACAGUGGACCAUUCGUGAACCCGGUAAAGUCUUUUUUUCUUGUAAGAGACUCUCUUCCAUGCGAGGAUGUAAAUUUCCUGAGGAGGAUUUUGAUUCGUGCCAUGGUUUUGACCCGCGUGCUCCUCACAGAAAUGGGCCGCUCCGCAUCUACGGGUACAUGAAUCUGAGUUCCACCGGCCAGAUGCCUGAGAUGGAAGAAGUAGAUACCAUUGAGAGCAACGGCUUGGCGAAGACGGUUGCUCUCAUCAGCUUCCUGUCACUGGUCAUGCUCAUGAGCGUCCUGGGCAACCUGCUGGUUAUGGUGGCCGUCUGCAAGGACCGGCAGCUCAGGAAAAUCAAAACCAACUACUUCAUCGUCUCGCUGGCAUUUGCUGACCUGCUGGUGUCAGUGCUGGUGAUGCCGUUUGGUGCCAUAGAACUGAUCCAUCAGAACUGGAUCUAUGGAGAGACCUUCUGCCUGGUCCGCACCUCUCUGGACGUGCUGCUGACCACCGCCUCCAUCCUACACCUCUGCUGCAUAUCCCUUGACAGGUAUUAUGCCAUCUGUUGCCAGCCACUGGUCUACAGGAAUAAGAUGACACCACUGAGAGUGGCUCUAAUGAUCGGAGGAUGCUGGAUAAUCCCAACCGUUAUUUCCUUCUUACCCAUAAUGCAAGGCUGGAACAGUAUUGGAAUAAAUGAUUUGAUAGAGAAGCGGAAGUUCUCCGGCAACUCCACGGCGUGUGUGUUCAUGGUGAACAAGCCAUACGCUCUGACCUGCUCAGUCGUGGCCUUCUACUUACCGCUGAUCCUGAUGGUGCUGGCGUACCAACGCAUCUACAUCACGGCACGGGCACACGCCCGACAGAUCAGCAUGCUGCAGCGGGCCGGAGGAGCAGGAAACGCAGACAGUGCAGACCACCAACGCAACCACCGCAUGCGCACUGAGACCAAGGCAGCCAAGACUCUGUGUAUCAUCAUGGGCUGCUUCUGCCUGUGCUGGGCCCCUUUCUUUAUCACAAACGUGGUGGACCCUUUCAUAGACUACAGUGUUCCUGAGCAGCUGUGGGCAGCCUGCCUUUGGCUGGGCUACAUCAACUCCAUGCUCAACCCCAUCCUUUACGCCUUCCUCAACAAGUCCUUCCGUCGUGCCUUCCUCAUCAUUCUCUGCUGCGGACACAAGCGCUACCGCCGACCUUCCAUCUUGGGCCCAGGAACGACCUGCACGGCCACGCAGAUCAACGGGUCUACACACGUCUUGAAUGGCUGCUCCUCUGCCUCCAAACUGCUCCUCUGGUUCUGCAACACUAGGCCUGUUCCUGUCUAGUGCUGUGUGGGGAGUUCUCAAGUAUUCAGUUCUUCACAAUGGAAACCACAUUGAACAAGAGAAACUGUCAAUACAGAAUGACACAGAGUCCCAGGAGUCAUGUUUCUGACACAGGUCACCCUCUAAUGAGGACCAUCACUGGAAGGUGCCAUUUCUUACCGCCCUGCCUGCAGCUCAGAACCGACCGGAGCAUUUCAGGACUCGAGUACUGGGAGCUGGACUGAACUGUUUGCUCAAAGAGCUGCUGAACAAUAAAGGAAAGAACAAUGUUGCCAAAGGUAUCUGGUCUAUAUUUUAGGAUACAAAUUUCCAUUGCAAAGGAAUGUUGGUAAGGUUUUUCCCAAAUGUGUUUAUUUCCUUUUUGGUUCUCCUGGGAAUACUAUUUCCAAACCAAAAAUACAUCUUUCAAGCUUUAUCCAGAGAGGCUUUCAUUAGCUCUAGAGUCAGAUAACACUUCCCGAAAGGUACUGCUCAAACACUAAAUAAAGAUUUAUUUUUGUUCUAUAAAAAAAAAAUAGUGAAAAGUAAAAAAAACAAACAAACAAAAAAAAAACACACCACAGUAUUAAGAGGUAGAGCUCGGAGCAUUGCUGAGUGAUUUCUCCAUUUCCCCAAAAAACCUUUAAUUAAUUAAAGGUGCAGUAAGCUAUUUCUCACUCUCUCUGUCCUCCCCCAUCAUGAGUGGACACGCCCCCUACUGAUGAUUGGCUCACUCUCCUCUUCCAUCAUGAGUGUACAUGCACCCUACUGCUGAUUGGCUCACUCUCUCUCUCCUUCCCCAUCAUGAGUGGACACGCCCCCUACUGCUGAUUGGCUCACUCUCUCCUCCCCUAUCAUGAUUGGACACGCCCCCUACUGCUGAUUGGCUCACUCUCUCUUCCCCCAUCAUGAGUGGACACGCCCCCUACUGCUGAUUGGCUCACUUUCCCCUCCCCCAUCAUGAGUGGACACGCCCCCUUCUGCUGAUUGGCUCACUUUCCCCUCCCCCAUCAUGAGUGGACAUGCCCCCUACUGAUGAUUGGCUACAAGUGUGUUGUGGUGCUCGGUCCGAUCCACUUUUAACAGCGUUUUUCAAAAAUCACUUAUUGCACCUUUAAAUCUCAAAUCAACAGUUAUAAAUAUCCUUUUAUUCUUUUUUUUUUUUUUAAUUGUAAGAUCAAAGUAUGAAAGCAUUUGUUUCCAAAAUGAUUCCAGCAUCUAUGUGUUAGGUACAACACAAGUAAUGUUGCAGGAAAUUUGUCUUUCAGUGAAUGUGGUCUAUUCCAAAGGUACAACAUAAAAUUCCUCAAAAUGAUUUGACAGGAAAUGAACUUUUUCUUUUCAUUUUUUGGAUCAUUUUCAUAUGGUGUACUGAAAUCUCAUAUAUGUACUUAAGACUUCUAAAGCUCUUUGGGGAAUGUGAUGUACUGGUCACAGACUAAGUUGUGCUCCUAGCUAAUUCAUGUAAUUUGGGUUCUUGUAAACCUCUCUGAAUACACAGCUGUCUCAGACCCCCAGGUGACCGUUCUCAGUCAGGUUAGCUCUCUGCUUCACAUGCAUCACUGAAUGCAUCCAUUUCCACGAUGAUUUCCCUUACGAGGAUCUCCUCUGACAUGAUUCACUGGCAUAAACAGCGCAGUGUUUUUCUGAGAGUGCUAAAACUACAUGAUGCCUGCCGACUCUGCCUGUUACUGAGAAUGUGUCAGGCCACUCCAAACAAAACCUUUGGUGACAGCAACCAGGGCCAGUUCUCCCAGAUACCGUGGCUUAAACUGUUUUAGUCUUAGUCGAAGAUGACCAUCGGUUGCUGCAAGGCUGAAAUGGAUUUAGGAAAGGAAAUGACCUGAAGUUGUUCAUGCAAAAGGUCUUAAAGGGAUAGUUCACCCAAAAAAUUGAAAUUCACUUUCAUUAUUUAUUCACCCUCAAGUUAUUUCAAAUCGUAUGAGCUUCCGUAUGAGCUUUGUAUGAGAUGUCAGUGGUGCAAAACAGAUUUAAAUAACAACUUAAGGUGCGGUCACAUUUACCAUUGUUCAGCACAUUUUCCAGUCAUUUCGUUAGGAAGCAAUGCGAUCGAGAAUUCUGCAUAAGCGCAAAGUAUUUCCCCACGCAGAUUUCUCAACAGUCGCAAAUUCGCCACGUUGACCAACAGAAUGCUACUUGUUUUGACUUCUGUGUGAGUUGUGUUUCAUACAUUUCUACAUUAAUGACAAUAGACUAGCUUUUCUGCCUGCAAAAUUUAGCCAAAAUUCCUCUAGUGGAAAUAUUUCAAUGGAAAUAAGAGGAUUCUCCUUUCAUGUUCCACAGAAGAAAUUAAAGGGGUAUUUCACUGCUGGCAAAAUGGGCUUUCAAUAAAACUUGGCUGCCUGUACAAUAGAAAGGUCAAAAAACUGAAAUUGGUGCAACCUGACUAGAGAAAACAGAGAAAAAGGCUGUUGUCUUCCCUUUUGCCAAAUGGGUAGGAAAACUUCAAUACCCAUAAUGCACUGGGCAUGUUGCCAUUUAAGGCCACUCCCACCAGUGGAUAUGCUUGCCAGUGUCAAAUACCGCCUGGCUUUAGUAGGAAAUACUUCUUAGCAAACUUUUAGUUAUAAAGAUGUUGACUUGUAUUAUUCCUGGGUGCAAGAAUUCAAAGAGUAAAUGUUUAGUUGGGAGUGAGUUUCUUUCUGUUUCCAGUGAAGGCAGUGGAUAAAGACUGCAAAGAAUCGUAAAUACAGAGAUAACGGCACAACGGAAAAUCUGAAAAACCUCUGUGUUUGUACUCAACAUUUCAAACUGGAUGACCAUGAACGUUUUUAUGCCAAACGGAGGCGAAUAAACUAUAAGAAACCAUUCUGUCAGUUCUGCCUCAUACAGGUUUGGAACAACACGAAGGUGAGUAAAUUAUGACAAAAUUUUCAUUUUUGGGUGAACUAUCCCUUUAAGAGUAUGUCAUGUGAAUGCUUCCUAUGCAUCAGGAGAGGAAAUACGGCCGCUGCCAGAUUUUAUUUAUUUUUUUGGUCUUAAUAAAUCAGCAGAUGAAUUUUUGUUCCUUGACAUUUCUAGCUAAAACCUCCCAAACAGUGAUGUGCCAUAAUAAAGCUCGUUUCCAGAGCCGAGGACCCCAAUAAACACGCUCCUAGGAGAGCCUCGAUAUAGCAGAACUGACCCAGAACAAUCUCCAUCCCUCAUUUCAGCAUUUGCCAGUCUGCUGAACCGUGCCUCUGCCUAAAAUGAAUUACCUUUGGGAACACCAACUGUUUGAACUGAUCUAAAAGAUGUAAAUAUUUUUAAAUAAUUACAUUUUAUGUGUCAGCCAGUUUCAUCAGAAAAACAGGUUUGGUUUUAUUUGCUAUGUUGCAGGGAUGUACAGACAGCGACACAAGUACAACACUAAAAAUAUCAAACAUGUACAGCUCAGCACUGUCUUCAUGUAUCGGUUUCCUGAUUAUUUUAAAAUGAUGACUUCUCCUGCAAAUAAAGCACUUGUAGCACUUUUAUAAUAUGAAGAAUAUUGCAUCCACAAGUCAUUCAGUAUUCUGGUCACUAAUAUGUUGAAAGUCGAUGAAUGAAUUUGACUUUCGUGAUCAGUUUUCAUAAACGUGGCGUGGUGACUCGAUGAAGGAACAAAUGAGACUUGGUCAACCAGUAGAAGAGUCUAUUAUGGCUUUAUUUGUUUGAAUGCGAACAGAGCUACAUUACCUAGCUUGAGGGAAUGCCCACUUUAGGUUUCUUUUCUCAUCUUCUCAUGUUUUUAUCAAGCGAUAUUUAAUUUCUAAAGGUAGAGUUUAGUUUGAUUUUAUUGUACAUAGGAAUAUAUAUUUUUAUGCAAAAGAUUUGAUAGUGGUCCGUGUGUUCCUUUAAAUGCUUUAGUCAAAUGCGUUUCUUCUUCCAGUCUGGUGUAUCUGCAAACCACGAAUCUACCGUGUAAUUCGAAGCAAUGUCCAGAUAAGCUGUAUGCUAGGCUACUUGUUUUUUUAACAAUCAAAUAUGUACAUGGUCGUGCCUUCACAGUCAUCUUACGGAUGUACAGAGCAUUGUGAUUUGCAGUGAAACUGUGCAAGUUAACACCGAUAAAUGCUUGUAGUGGUUGAAAAUAUUCCUUUUUAACAGGUUAUAAUGUACAAUCAAAGGAUUCCCCCAGGAAACCAGCCAACAGCAAACUUUGAUGAGUUAUGAAGUUCAAAUUAUUGAUUUCACUUUCAAUUAUGUAGCACCCUUUGAUUCAAAGGUACUUUGCUGUUAUUGAACAAUUAGCGUUUUUUUGUUGGUGACAGCGGUGAACAGCUUGCACAAUUUCCCUUCUUUUUGAUGUCAUUAUGUUGUUUAAAGAUGGAGAUUUGGUAAUGGUUGAAGCUUAGGAACCAUGACUGUGAGCUGAAAAAGAUUUCCCUUUGAGUUAUGAAAAGGAAAUACAUGCUCUUUUGAGCACCAAUGGAUAUGUAAGGAUUUGGGGAAAUUAUGACACUCCAUAAACAUAACAGAACCAAAAACAUUAUUAUAUGAGCCAUGAGUUAUUGCUUCUAAAAGAGCGGGCCAAAAGAUAUGAACUCUCCCCGAACCAUCGAGGACCUUCAGGGUAGUCAUUGUCAUCAGGAUUUCAUCUUAAAUAAUAAUUCCCUGCCCGGAAACCUCACAUAUGAAGCGUAAUCGAAGACCUCAGAGCCCUGAAGGCAGAAGUGCUAAGCAUGAAUGUGUUGUAAAUCUCCCAACAAGUUGUAGAACUUUUGUAAACUCAGUAUUUAUUUUGGUGGAUUUAAGAUUGAUAUUUUCAUGUAAGGCUUCUCUUUCAGGGAGCUAUGUGUAUUACUUUUUCUGUUGCUAUGUGACAGCUCUAAAAAAUGAUAAUUAAAGACUACAAGAUGUUAUUAA